AUGGAUCCAGACACAGAUCCCGAAGACGUUAGCAAUCUAGAAUCAUGGAGUCCGGUCAACAGCCUUCACAGCGAUGCUCAGCGAACAGGAAGAUCCCUACCUGCUCCACUCUGGGUGCUCUCGGGGCUUCUUCACCCGGACGACGAUCGGCCUACAGCCGCCCAGCCAGAUCGCAGCAGGAGCCCCAGCCGAGAGAGCCCUGUGUCAGCGAGACAAGAGCGGGCCACAGUGGUCCGACGCUUUCGAAAAGAUUCCUUUGCCUUCGCUUCAACAGUGAGCCCUAUACCGCCAGGAUCAGACAAACACGUUCUCCUGCCCUUGCAGUCGGUGCACAAAGCGCGUCCGGGCUUGCCCCCCCCAGCCUUGCCACCGGCCGUUCGCCCGGCCCCGCCCUUUUCAGUCCACAGCCUUAUCAGACCCCGCUCUUUGCAAGUACCAAUGCCUUCGACGCUGCACAGGCGACCGCGGUUUCCGCCAGCCCUGAGCAAAGGGGGGCCUCGACCCAGCUGGCGUGCCAGCCUUCUCGGACUCAGCCAUCCAGUCUGUCAGCCUUUAGUGCGGCCAACACCAAGAAGCCUUCGCUACGUGCCACCGGCACGCCCACAGCCAGCACCGGAACGGCCGCUUGGUCCUAGAUUCCAUGUUCAAGACCUGCCCUCGCGACCUGCAUCAGCCCCGACCUCGGUCCGGCAUACGCGCUUGCCUGACAUGGUGCAGCCCUUGCGCCCUGAUGGCAGGCCCACACAGGUUACCAGGAAAGGCCAGGAGGCCUCCAGAAAAGCCAAGGCCCUGGAACAGUGGAAGGAGCUGCUCUGGCUCCUCGGGGACUCGGCAGAUUUGUACCGUAGCCUUCAGGAGGCCAAGUAUUCCCAGCAGUUACUCGCCCAGAGCAUCAUGCCCUCUACUACUGCUGGCACACUGGAAACCUACUUGUCAGCCUUGACGUCAGCACGGUCUCAGUAG